AUGGCGACGGCGACGGCGAGCUUGUCCAGCUCCAACGCCCCCGAGAACGUCGUCUCGGGCAAUGACACCCGGGUCCUGGAGCUUCUGACCGAGGACACCUGGACCUCGCAGGCAGAUCACCACGCACUGCGCCAGGCACUGGUCAAGGUCGGAACCAAGGGCAACCUCAAGGUCCUGCGCCUGUUGCUCAAGCACGGCGCCGGCGUCCACCCGAGGCGGGAGAACGAGCUGUCGCCGCUCUUCAAGGCCGCCGAGGCCGAACACCUGGCCGUGACCACCGAGCUCCUGGAGCACGGCGCUGAUCCCAACUGGCGCGGCAAGAAUGGCCAGGCCGCCCUGUUCCCUGCUUGCAUGCGCGGCCACAACGCUGUCGUCAAGGCGCUCCUCGACAGAGGCGCGGAUGUCAACGGCGGUAGGAACCACGACGGGAGGCCCGGCGACAGAGACGGCCGGACCCCGCUGCUCUUCCUCGCCUCGGAGAAGCGCGGCAGGUGGACCAUGGACACCGUCAAGCUCUUGCUGCAGCACAAGGAUGUCAACCUGGACCCGCGAGACUCCAUCGGGAGGACGCCCCUGCACUGGACAGCGACCAACAGCUAUCUCGACCUGGCGCGCGCCCUGCUCAGCGGCGAGUUCGGGAAGCAGGCCGACAUCAACGCCUCUCAGAACCGGGGCAAGACGGCGCUCCACCUGGCCGCAGAGCACAACCAGGUCGACUUCGUCGACCUCCUGCUGGCCUACGGCGCCCACCUGGACGCCGUGUCGGACGGGCGCUGGACGCCGCUGCACAAUGCCUGCGACAAGGGCCAUGAUGUCGUGGUUGCCAGACUCCUCGCUGCGGGCGCCAAUGUCAAUGCUGAACUGUCCAACCGCAUGACUCCCUUGCACUGGGCCGCCUUCAACGGGCAUGCACCUGUCGUCAGGCUUCUCCUAGAGAGGCCUGAGACGAACAUCUCCAUCAAGGAUCAGUUCGAGCGGACUGCCUUGCUCUGCGCGGCUGAGAGGCACCACAAGGACCUUGUGCAUCUUCUCUCCCCUUCCAGGGCUUCGCACAGGCUGUCCGAGAGCGCCCGAGAAGCCUCCAAGCUGUUCUCUGCGACCGUGGUUGACUUUGGGGACUUCCAGGAGAUGAAGUAUCGGAAGGGUGAUGUCCAGGAGAAGAAGAAGCAGCUGGUCUUCAAACCCUCCAUCUACGACUUGCUCUAUGGCUGGGAGGACAGCGAGAAGAACGUGCCCACAGUUCCAAUCCUGGCCAAGAAUGUGAAGUGGGAGCCGCACUUCCGAUGGAUCCACCUGCCUGCAAACAACAUCGCAUGGAUGGAGACUCUCCUGGCCAAGUCAUUCGUCGAGGGCGGGUUUCGCGACGUGGAGGGCUUCAAGGCCCUCGAGAAGUGUUUCGAUCAGGAGCAUAGAGGAGUUUACGCGCAUGCAAAGUUCAUGAGGACCUUUUCUCAUCGCGUGCCAAGCCGGCGUGCUGAGAAGGAUGAUGUCGCCCUGGGGAGUGUCUCCGAACAGGCUGCCGAGACGGCGGCGGCGGUUGCGGAAUCUAUAAUCACAGAUACCUCGGAAAACAGCAUAUUAAAACCAGAAGUCAAGAAGAAGAGCAAAUCCGAGCAAAUGAACGAACGCCACCCGGGCAAGCAGCAGAAGCGCAAGAAAGGCAACCCCGGCAACCCGCCUGGUACCAAAGAGGCCAAGCUCAGCAGCAGGCAAUCGUCGUUCGCGCCGUCCUUUGCGUCAACAGAGGCUUUCAGACAGCUUGUAAACAAUGGGAAGAUGGUCCUGUUUAUGCCCUUCCUGCAUUACGAGACCCACGACCGGCGGCUGAGCAUGGCCGAGACUAUCCAGAGGGCCCGUACCGGGGCCAAGCCACAGCGACACGCAUCGCGUGAUGAACUUCUCGUUCACGCAUAUGUCAACAACCUCCACCCGAGGCGGACGCUCGACCAGUUCUUCUACCAUGGCAUCGACACCACACAGCGUGACAAUGACCAGGUCGUCUGGAGAUAUUGUCGAGAGCAUCGAAUGGAGCCAAAGGUUUUCAUGGUGGACCAGCUUUGGCUGUGGAUUCUUGGUGGUGACACUGUCAUCACUUGUUUUCCUCAGCGAUGGGAUCAGCCUCCACAAGAUCCACUAAAUGUCAUUGACGGCAUAGUUGAGGAGACCAAUGCGAAGACAAGGCCACCAAUCCAGUCUGUUUAUGACCUAGCAAUGGUCAUUACUGGAAGAGCAUCUGGAUUAUUUGACCGGCAUCGCCUACAUGAACAACAAUUCCAGUUCCUUGACAUGUUUGAGAGCAGCAUCGGGCACAUAACAGACCAGGAGAGCCGACUCUUUAGCAAAUUCCACAAAGCUUCAGAGAAGUCGACCCAGUGGCUGAAACGCUACCGCCGCGGUGGAAGCGGCAGCCGGAAUGAUGAGCUGUCGGAUGACUUGCUGAACAUACACCAGGAGACAAAGCUUUUGGCAGAGAUCAAAGACAUACAAGAUGAAUUGAACAUCAUCGCUGUGGUGCUGAACUCACAACUCAAUGUGUUGAAAGAAUUCCAAAACAACAUCACCGAAGAGCUGCGGUUAGAGGGGAGCCGGAGAACAACCGAUGGCGUCAUCAAGGAAAUCCGGCGACGCUUUCAGGAGCAAGAGCGUCUGCUCGAAGUCCACGAGAACGACAUUGACCGAAUGGAGGGACAGGCCGAAGGCAUCUACAGCAGUUUGACGAACCUGCUGGAUCUGAAGCAGAAACAUUCGAACGCCCUCGAGGCGCGAUUCGCUCGGGAGCAAGCGAUCAUAGCCGCGAAGCAAGGCCAAACCAUUAUGGUCUUCACCAUUGUGACUAUCAUUUUCCUCCCGAUGUCGUUCAUUGCAGCCUUUUUCGCCAUCAAUUUCCAGGAUUGGGGAGACCAUCUUACGAUAGGAUACGUCACAAAGUAUAUGUUUGGGAUCGGUUUGGCCAUCUCCUUCGUCUUUGUGACCAUGGCUUUCCUGGUGCAUGAUAUCUCGGAAGCCUGGAAGUCACUGAUUCGGACCGCAAAAUCCUAUCUAGGUCGACUGAGGCGCCGGAGGACGCCGUUACAGGAUGAGGGAGACCAGCCAGAUGACAUCUCGAUGCGGACCGCGAGAGACAACAAGCCAGGGACUGCUGGCGCUGCGUCCACGGGCGCAUAUCGGACGCACUUUGACGAUAUGGAGUGGAAAAGGGGCAUAGAUAAUUACACCUUGCGGAUGAGCCGCGACCGCGACCGUUACGACCACGCUCGGUUCGGACUAUCCCCAGUUCGAUAUGGCGGGCGGAAGCUCAGUGUCGGCAGUGGCCAUGGGAUCCUUCAAGAGUACGAUGAGCACCCAGGAACGCCAGCACACGUGUGCUGA